CUUAUUACCCGUGUUCGGCUCAGUGCAUCAGUACCAAAGGUCGCUGCUCUCCUAAUGCCGCUCUUACCCACGGCUUCCUUCUUCCGCUAUCGCCUCAUCCUCCCUGUUCUCCCCUUAUACUCCUCCGCCCUCCUCCGCCGCCGAGUAGCCACUACCAUCUCCUUUUCUGCCGGUCGCCGCCUUUCCCCCAACAAAAACCUUCUCAACGCUAAAAACGCAGUCAAGGACCUCCCGUCCCUCUCCCGCUUCCUCUCCCCGGACGAAACACCAACUCUCCUUCCCGACCAGACCACCGGUUUUGUUGCUGCCGCCCAGGCCAAUUUUAUGCGCGUCAUCGUCGAUUCCAUUGGCGACUCUGAGUCCGGCGGGAAGGUGGGGACGCAGUUGCUCUGCGUUGUGAGAGCUUUGCUGAAGAAAAUUAGGAGAAAGGUAUUGGUUGGAGACAGGGUUUUGGUUGGUUGGGUGGAUUGGGUGGAUCGAAGGGGGAUGAUUGAGGAUGUAUUUGAAAGGAAAACGGAGGUGAUUGAUCCUCCGGUUGCGAAUGUGGACCAUUUCCUGGUUCUGUUUUCAGUGGAGCAGCCAAAGUUGGAGCCUUUUACUUUAACUCGGUUCUUGGUUGAGGCUGAAUCCACCGGGAUUCCGCUCACUCUUGUUUUGAACAAGUGCGAGCUUGCUAAUGAGGAGACAUUAUCGGCAUGGAACAAUAGGCUUCGCACAUGGGGCUACGAUCCAUUGUUUUGCAGCGUAGAAAGCAAAUCUGGACUGACUUUUCUUGAAGAUAUCCUAAAAGGAAGAACAACAGUUGUUGUUGGGCCAAGUGGAGUUGGCAAGUCCAGCCUCAUCAAUUCUUUGAGAAGUGACCAAAAUACUGAGGAAACUAGUGAUAUUUAUAGUGAAGGUGUUAAGUGGCUUGGAGACCAAAGAGUUGCUGAAGUGUCGAAGAGAAGCGGCCGGGGAAGGCACACAACUCGGCAUGUUUCCUUACUUCCACUCACAGGAGGAGGUUAUCUUGCAGAUACUCCUGGCUUCAACCAGCCUAGCCUUUUGAAAGUAACUAAAAAGACACUUGCUGAAACUUUUCCAGAGAUCAGGCAGAUGCUGAGCGCUAGUAAACCUACAAGUUGUUCUUUCAGUGAUUGCUUGCAUGUUGGUGAACCAGGAUGUGUCCUGAAAGGAGAUUGGGAAAGAUAUCCAUACUACCUUCAAUUACUAGAUGAAAUCAAGAUCAGAGAACAAAUCCAGCUCCGGACAUUUGGAACGAAGAGGGAAGGUGAUGUCAGGUACAAGAUGGGUGAGAUGGGCAUCAUACAACCUGAACCUCGACUCGAGCCUAAGAAACACCGGCGGGUAUCAAGGAAGCGUCUCAAUCAGUCAAUACUAGAUGAACUUGAGGAGCUUGAUGAGGAAUGUGAUGAAAUAACAAGGUGAGAUUGGCAUAAGAGUUGAUGGCUGUCCUCACUUUUGUAAUUUCCUUGUUGAAGUGUUUUUCUGUAUCUCAAUGUACAGUCAUAAGCAUUCCUCAACUUUGGAGAAAUGGCAGUUUUCCUAUUAAUAUUGUUCAAACUUAA